AUGGCAACAGGCUUCAGAAACAGAAGAAGAGGGUGGGAUAGGAAAGACAAGAGAGAACAGAGAGACAGAGCGCAGUGUGCUGGAUACUGUUUCCAUGGCAACCCUGUUACAUACGCAGCUAACUGCCAAAGUAAGUCAAGAUCCCAGCAAAGGGGUUGGAGGGAAGUAGAAGGAGGGGGCAAAGAGGCCGGGAAGAGUGUUAAGACCUGGUUUACACAUAUAGUCCAACCAUGCAUCUUUCCCCCUAGAUUUGCUCAAAGAACUACCUCAUUCAAUGCAGUUGCAGUUAACAUUCCCAGCAGCUCAAGAACGACAAGAAACCCAAAGCCCAGUGCAGUGAUCCCAUCAGUGCUGAAUGAAAUUUUGUGGAACUAUGCAUACAUACUUACAUUUGUUUGUAUACCACCUUUCCAUAGUUCAAACCAUGUUCAGGACGGGUUACAACAUGGGGGAAAAAUACAUACAGCAUAACAAAAGUAGUAAUUAUAAGCAAUAAAUAGAGCAUCAAAUAAUGCACAAACAAUUUAUGCACAAUUUAUGCACACAUUUAUGCAUGUAGGGCAUGUACACGUGUGGACAGACCUGUAAAUGACAUUAUGAAAUGGAGAGGCAAGAUGGGGAAGAGCGUGGGGAAGAUGAUUUUUCCACAGCGAGAAGUUUCCUUUCCAUCUUUUUCAGAUCAAUUUGGGCUACGCAGAUGCAUUUGCUUUCACACCCCAGAUGGUUUAAGAACUAAGAUGUCAUUUGUAAUUGCAGGAAGCAAUAUAGAAAUGUUCCUUCCUCAUAAAUUAGCUACUUAAAAAAAAAAAUCAGCUAACUGAUUAGCUGUUCUUCUAAAUUCGUUUUUCCUUGGAUCCUCCUCAUUUUCACAAGCCUGCCCCAAGAUGUCUAAGAUGAAAUUUGAAUAAAACUUGGCAACUCCCUGGCUAUACCUGGACCAAGCUUCCCUUUCAUUGCAUGCGCCACAGACAAAAGGAGGCUGCCUUAAGCAGUGAGCUGCCAAGAGGUUUGCCCAACUUGGUACUAGUCUGUGACUAAGGCACUCCUCCUUGUAGGCACAUCUGAAGCCUGCCUCUUGGCCUAACUGCUCAUGGGGACAAAAAGCAUCAUGGCACCCACCUACCCCACUCUGAUCCUCCUUCACCACCUUCCACCUCUUUGCCCCACUUCUCCUGUUCCCUGUCUAACUUCUAGG